CCGCCCCCCAGAUCACCAUCGAGGCGAUGAAGAGUGACAUAGACGAGGUGGCGCUGCAGGGCAUCGAGUUCUGGUCCAACGUGUGUGACGAGGAGAUGGACCUGGCCAUCGAGGCCUCCGAGGCCUCGGAGCAGGGACGCCCCCCAGAGCACACCAGCAAGUUCUACGCUAAAGGUGCCCUGCAGUACCUGGUCCCCAUCCUGACGCAGACCCUCACCAAACAGGACGAGAACGACGACGACGACGACUGGAACCCGUGCAAGGCGGCGGGCGUGUGUCUGAUGCUGCUGGCCACCUGCUGCGAGGACGACGUGGUCCCUCACGUCCUGCCCUUCAUCAAAGAGCACAUCAAACACCCCGACUGGCGCUACAGGGACGCCUCCGUCAUGGCCUUCGGAUCCAUCCUGGAAGGACCCGAGCUCAACCAACUCAAACCCCUCGUCAUACAGGUACCCCCCCCACGUAGAGGGCAACAACUGCUCUUAUUUCUGUGUUUUUGUACCAUAUAUAUUACACAGAUAUCUGGGUAAUAUUUCCCAGAUCUU